UGCUCUACAUACACAAGCGAGCCCGGUCGCCUGCUACUCAGAAAACAGAGUACUGUGUCAAAAAGUCAUACAAAAUUUGUUUCUCAGGAGAUACUACAGCUUAUUGCCUCGUGAAAUCAGAGCCACAACUGGAUUUUCAGACCCCGCGAUACACAACGGUAAAAAAAUGAAUAACUCACCCUCCAGACUGGAUCCCGGCGGAAUCCGAAUGAUAGAUGUGAACAGCAACUCCGCAUUGCGAUCUUUCUCGCCUGUCACCUCAGGUAUUAGGUCUGCCUCUGAGGGAGCCUAUGAUCCUGUCUUGGUGAUUCCUGUAACACGGGAACAGCUGAACCAUUAUCGUGCUGCUGCUGAAACUGCCCGAAGUGAACUGGCAGCACUGCAAGUGAAGCAUCAGUGUAUUCAGGCUGAGCUUUUAGAUAUCCAGUCUCGACUGAGUGCUAAAGAAACUCUAGUUCAGGAACUGAAGGCUGAAGUGGAGGGUUAUAAAGAAAACAAUGCAAGACAGACCUCUCUGUUGACAUCACUUCGAGAAAGAUUACAGGAGACAGAGGAGGAGACUGGAGCACUUGCUGGUUACAAGACACGAGCAGAAGUAACAGUGCAGGCUGCAAAGAAGGAAAAUCAGGAGCUGAAAGAGAGAAUUCAAGAAUUAGAAGUCAGACAUAGGAGGCAACUUACUGAAUGGGAAGACAGCAGGCAAAACAUUUCUAACCAGGAGAAAAAAUACACAGAACUUAUUUUUGCACUUGCUAAAGCCAUCAAUGUGGACUUGCAUGGAAAAGCAAAUCCACAGGAACUGUUAAUUUCAAAGAUAGCUGAGCUGCAAAAAGAGGACACAUCACAGAAGUGUAAGAUCGUCAGUCUCUCGGAAUCCAUCAGUGCUUAUGAAACUGAAUGCAAAGCCAGCAGAGAGACGAUCAUGAGACUGGUUUCUGAAGUGGGCAGAGAGCAAAAAGCAGCGAUGUCAUACAAGCAGGAGCUUGAUGCUGUUCAUAAGGAUUUGGAUUCUUCAUUGCUGGCCAAGAACAGUCUUGAGAGGGAGGUCCGACUUCUGCAAGAGAGGCUGGAAGCAAACCAGCGGGCCUGGGAUGCCUCAAAGCAAGAGCUAGGAAACUUGGAAAGACAGACCAGUGAGUUGAAUGGGAGUCUGAAGAGCAGCCUUUAUGAGUCUAAAGCUGUUGAAAGCAUGUUCCAGUCAUUUAAACAGCAGCUCGCCACAUCACUUAGCAGUGGGAAUCAUAUAGUCAGUCCUGAUGAAGACGCCAUCAAAGAAAGGAUAUGUGAAAUGUGCAGAAGGGAAGAAAGCAAGAAGAUGAUGGUAUCAAAACUUGAGGACCAAAUAUCCCGUCUUACAGAAGAGCUGGGCAAUCAGAGUGAAUUGCACAAGUCAGCACUACAGCGAGCUGCAAAGGCUGAACAGCAACUUGAGACCAUACGGGAGCGGCAGCACCAACUGGAGGGGGAGGUUGUGUCAAAGGCUGUGCAAUAUGAUAGCCUUAAUAUUGACAAGCAAAAGUAUCUCAAAUUCUUAGAUCUGCUAUCUAGCAAAAUGAAGCUGGAGGAAGUAGCUGCUGAUAUCGGGUUUGAUAUGAGAAUAGAUGUCAUUGUAGCCCGAGCGGAACAACUGGUCAAACUGGAAGCAGAUGCUUUACUUGAAAAGAAGUCUCUAGCUCAGAAUUUACAAAGAAAGCUCAAGACCCAGAAAGAGAAAUUGGAAAGCAAGGAGUUACAUAUGGAUCUUCUGAGGAAGAAAAUUGCCCAACUAGAGGAAGAGAAGCAGACACGCACUGCCUUAGCUGUGGAAAGAGAUGAGGCCAACCUAACAGUCAGGAAGCUACAAAAGAAAGUGGAGCGGCUCCAGAAAGAGCUAAAUGUAGCUCAGACAUCAAACACAGAGAUUAAAGCUAAGUUGGCUGAUACCAAUGAGCUAAAGGUCAAAACACUGGAACAGAAUAAAGUAAUUGGCGACCUCAGUAAAUCCCUUGACAGACUAGAAAAGGUAAAGGAGAAAGCUGGGAAACAGCUGGCUAACCUUAAGUCUGAGCUCAGUUUUACUGAGCAAGAAGCUAAAGAGGAAAAGGAGAGAGCUAGAAGCAUGCUAGAAAUGGUCACUAAUGAACUGAAAAUACUGAAGCAAACUCUGGUAGAAGUGGCCCGGCGAGAGAAGCAGCUGGUGGAUUUCAGGGAAGUGGUUUCCCAGAUGCUUGGACUCAACAUUAAUGCCCUUGCUCUCCCAGACUAUGAAAUAGUGAAACGUCUUGAGAAGUUGAUUCAGAAUCAUCACUGUCAUGCAGUUAACUGCUUGCAUCUUGAGAAACCAGUGGAGGCGCUACAUCAUGGAUGUCUGCCAGGACACAGCAUACCAAGCCAUAUACUGUCAAUCAGUCCAUAAUCAAUUAGUACUCAUUCUGAGAAUAUUCAUGAAUGCACUUUCUGAAUAGGCUCUGAGGAAUAAUGAGAUGUGGUAUUCCAAAACUGAUAAUUUGGAAAUAUAAUUCAAGGUGGCACAGUUUUUCAUGAACAUUAACUAGUUAUGUAUGAAUCCCUUUGCGCAAAUUAAUAUAAAAAGAGAUUUAUGAGAA